UUUGACCUCUGGGUUUAUGGGUAUUAUGACUCAUACUGUGGAACUCUAUUGAGUCUUAACAUAGCAAUCAAUGGUUCAGUACAGUGUAUUGAUACAUACUGUACCAUAGAUCUGGCAGACGACUGCGAUUAAAUUUCUCUGGACCGCGACCACAGAUUAUUUAUAGCAUGCGUCAUUAGAUGAGCACGGGAAAAAAGAAGCAACAACAGUGUUUCGCACUCAUACAUAUUUCUCAGCACAUCAAGGUUGUUUAUAUUAUUGUCUGUUUACACGGUGUAUACUGUUUUGGGAUUUAAAAAGGGACCUUUGCAGUUACAUGAAGCCAUUGUUAGUUUGUAUUAGCAACGUGGAAGAAAAGAUAUUCGGAGCAUCAAAACGAGAGGCCUGCUAGCUACUGUUUGCUUGUUGCAACAAGAACCAGCUACAAGAAACCCUCACGAGUUGGUCUUGUUUGAGCAGAAACGUUUUCCACAAGUUUCAGUGCUCAAUCAUCAUGGCUGAUGACUUUGACAUAGAAGCAAUGCUUGAGGCUCCAUAUCGAAAGACUUGCCUAACGAUAUCUCACCUCUACUUCCAUGAAUUCCAGUGUGAUCUGUCAAAAAAUGAAGGAUGAGAUCAAGCACAGUAGUCCAAAUGGGCACAAGGAACACAGCAAGAAGAAAAAAAAGAGCAGGAGUCGAAGCAGAGACAGGAAGAGAAGCAAAAGCCGGGAUCGCAAGAAGAGCCAUGACCACAAGCGGAGCCGCAGCCACGAGCGAAAGCGGAGCCGCAGCAGGGAGAGGCGCCGGAGCAGAGAGCGCAGCGGCCGCUACAGGGACCACAAGACCACCUUCUCUGGGCCGAAAUUUAAUGGUGGUUCCAGAGGGAAGAUUGGCCCCCCAACUGUCAUCAAGCUAAGCCGAAGACGUUCUAGAAGCCGAAGCCCUUUCAAGAAAGAGAAGAGUCCUGUGAGGCAAGUGUUCCUUGGGGAGAUGACGCAAAAGAGCUCAAUCAGGCAGCCAAUAGACAACCUGACUCCAGAGGAAAGGGACGCUCGCACAGUGUUCUGCAUGCAGCUGGCAGCCAGAAUCCGACCACGUGACCUGGAGGAGUUCUUCUCUGCAGUGGGAAAGGUGAGAGAUGUGCGCAUGAUCUCUGACAGAAAUUCGAGGAGGUCGAAGGGGAUUGCUUACAUCGAGUUUGUGGAGGCCAACUCGGUGCCACUGGCUAUAGGAUUGUCUGGCCAGCGACUUCUGGGGGUGCCAAUAAUUGUUCAGGCCUCACAGGUAAUGGCUGAAAAAAACAGGGCUGCUGCCAUGGCCAACAACCUGCAGAAGGGCAACGCUGGCCCAAUGAGACUCUACGUCGGAUCCUUACACUUUAACAUCACAGAGGAGAUGCUACGAGGAAUAUUUGAGCCCUUUGGAAAGAUUGAGAGUAUUCAGCUCAUGAUGGAUAGUGAGACGGGGAGAUCCAAAGGAUAUGGCUUCAUCACUUUCUCAGACACAGAGUGUGCCAAGAAGGCUUUGGAUCAGUUGAACGGCUUUGAGCUGGCUGGCCGGCCGAUGAAGGUGGGCCAUGUGACUGAGCGCACAGACGCCUCCAACGCCAGCUCCUUCCUGGACAACGACGAGCUGGAGAGGACAGGCAUCGACCUGGGCACCACUGGGCGCCUGCAGCUCAUGGCCAGACUGGCUGAAGGCACGGGACUGCAGAUUCCCCCAGCAGCACAGCAAGCCCUGCAGAUGGGUGGGGCCAUUGCUAUUGGUGCCAUGGCUGCUGUAUCAGCUGCCAUGAAUCCUGCCAUGAAUAUGAACAUGAAUACAGCUAUGAACCUACCCUCACAGCCACUUGCUACACACUGUUUCCAGCUGUCUAACAUGUUCAACCCUCGGUCUGAAGAUAACCCAGGCUGGGAUGUUGACAUUCAGCAUGAUGUCAUUGAGGAAUGCAACAAACAUGGAGGAGUUGUGCACAUAUAUGUUGACAAGAAUUCCACUGAAGGCAACGUGUAUGUGAAAUGUCCAUCCGUUCCUGCUGCCAUGGCUGCAGUAAACGCAUUACAUGGUCGAUAUUUUGCAGGUAAAAUGAUCACAGCGGCAUACGUCCCUCUCCCAACAUAUCACAACCUUUUCCCUGACUCUGUGAAGGCUACCCAGCUCCUGAUCCCUCUUGCUCACUGAUGAUCUCUCACAGCAAGACACGAAAAACCCAGAUUGGUGGGACACUGUAUAAUAGAUUUUUUCCCCCUUCAAUUUUCUCUCUUUAAAAGUUUGACAUUUUACAGCCUGUGGUCGUUUUUUUAAUUCCUGCAAGUUAUGGCAGUAUGUUUUUAUUUUAUGUUAGUAGCUGAAGUAAAAUCUUCUUUUUUUUGGCUUUCCAUAUGCAAAAAAUAAUCAUAGCUUUACUUGCAUAGCCACGUCCAAACAUGUGUUGGGCAUUGAGGGUGGAGUGUCAGCCAGUCUAAGAGUUUAUUGGUUAAUCUGGACAAUUUACCAUUUUAUAUUUUGUGAAGCUUAUUCUUGUUCAUACAUUCUUGUGCUUGAAAGCUUUGAUGGGCAUGUUUUCCCUGAUGAAGUGUACAACUUACAGUUGAAAUCGGAAGUUUACAUACACUUAGAUUGGAGUCAUUAAAACUUGUUUUUCAACCACUCCACAAAUUUCUUGUUAACAAAUGUAAAAACUAUAGACCUC